AUGUCUACUGAAGCAACAGGUUUUGUGUUGGAAAACACAGCCCGUAGAGAUGCGUUAAUUGCUAUUGAGAAGAAAUACCAAAAAAUCUGGGCAGAGGAGCACCAAUUUGAGAUUGAUGCUCCCUCCAUCGACGAUGAACCCAUCACCAUGACGUCCGAGGAGUUGCACGAGAAAUACCCGAAAUUCAUGUCCUCCAUGGCCUACCCAUACAUGAACGGUGUACUGCACGCUGGUCACUGUUUCACUCUAUCCAAGGUUGAAUUUUCAAUUGGUUUUGAGAGAAUGAACGGUAAGAGAGCCUUGUUCCCAUUGGGGUUCCACUGUACCGGUAUGCCCAUUUUGGCUUGUGCGGACAAGUUGAAAAGAGAAGCUGAGAUGUUUGGCCGGGACUAUUCCAAUGUACCAGCUGAAGAGGACGAGGAGCCUGUCAAGGAGGAGACGCCAAAAGAAUUGGAGGAUAUCACCAAGUUCAAGGCCAAGAAGUCAAAGGCCCAGGCCAAGAAGGGCCGUGGUAAAUAUCAAUUCGAGAUUAUGCUGCAAUUGGGUAUCUCCAGGGACGACCUGUACAGUUUUGCUGACCCACACCACUGGUUGGAAUAUUUCCCACCGCUGUGCCAAAAGGAUUGUACUUCGCUGGGUUCCCGUAUUGACUGGAGACGUUCCUUCGUUACCACCGAUGCCAACCCGUACUACGAUGCCUUUAUUAGAUGGCAAACGAUAAGGUUAAAGGAGUUGGGGAAGAUCAAGUUCGGUGAACGUUACACGAUUUACUCCGAGAAGGACGGUCAAGCUUGUAUGGAUCACGAUAGAUCCUCCGGUGAAGGUGUCGGCCCUCAAGAAUAUGUUGGUAUCAAGAUUGAAGCGACCGAAUUUGCACCAGCUGCCAAGAAAAUCUUGGAAGGCGCUAAGGAGUUGGACCACUCCAAGAAAUUCUUCUUCGUGGCAGCCACUUUGAGACCCGAAACUAUGUAUGGUCAAACCUGUUGUUUUGUUUCUCCAAAGAUCAACUACGGUAUUUUCGAUGCAGGCGACUCGUACUACAUAACGACUGAGCGUGCAUUCAAGAACAUGUCCUACCAAAAGCUGACGCCAAAGAGAGCCGACUACAAAGCCGCUUUAACUGUAAGUGGUAAGGACUUCAUUGGUACCAAGAUCAAGGCACCAUUAUCCGCCUUCGACGAACUAAGAAUUUUGCCUAUGGAAACUGUUAUCGCUACCAAGGGUACUGGUGUUGUCACUUGUGUGCCAACGAACUCUCCAGACGAUUACAUGACUACCAAGGAUUUGAUCAACAAACCGGACUACCACGGCAUCAAGAGCGAAUGGGUUAUUGAUGACUUAGUUCCAAUCAUUCACACUGAAAAAUACGGAGACAUCACCGCCAAAACUCUGUGUGAGGAGAAGAAGAUCCAGUCUCCAAAGGAUGUCAACUUGUUGGCUGAGGCAAAGAAGGCUGCUUACAAGGAAGAUUACUAUUCCGGUGUUAUGAUUUACGGGAAGUACAAGGGUGAAAAGGUUGAAGAAGCUAAGGCUAAAGUGAAAGCUGAUUUGAUCAGCACCGGUGAGGCGUUUGUCUACAACGAACCUGAAUCUCAGGUGAUUUCCCGUUCAGGUGAUGACUGUAUCGUCUCGCUAGAAGAUCAAUGGUACCUUGACUACGGUGAAGAGGAAUGGAAAAAGCAAGCCAUCGAGUGUCUGGAAGGUAUGGAAGUCUUCGCUCCAGAAGUUAAGAAUGCGUUCGAGGGUGUUUUGGACUGGUUGAAGAACUGGGCCGUCUCCCGUAGUUACGGUUUGGGUACUAAGCUCCCAUGGGACAACAAAUAUUUGAUCGAAUCUUUAUCGGACUCUACCAUAUACCAAUCCUUCUACACUAUUGCACACUUGUUGUUCAAGGACUACUACGGUAAGGAAGUUGGUCCACUAGGAAUUACUCCUGAUCAGAUGACCGACGAAGUUUUUGAUUUCAUCUUUUACCGUACUGACAAAGUUCCAUCCUGUGGAAUCUCUGAAAAAUCGCUGCGUACUCUAAGAAGAGAGUUUGAAUACUUUUACCCCUUAGAUGUUUCCAUCUCUGGUAAGGAUUUGAUUCCAAACCAUUUGACGUUUUUCAUCUACACUCAUGUUGCCUUGUUCCCCAAGAAGUUCUGGCCAAGGGGUGUCAGAGCGAACGGUCAUUUAAUGUUGAACAACGCAAAGAUGUCUAAGUCUACUGGUAACUUCAUGACUCUGGAGCAAACUGUUGAGAAAUACGGUGCUGACGCUUCGCGUAUUGCGCUUGCCGAUGCCGGCGACACUAUUGAGGAUGCCAACUUUGACGAAUCCAAUGCGAAUGCUGCGAUUUUGAGACUGUACAACUUGAAAGAAUGGGCGGAAGAUAUUAUCAAGAACAUCGAUACUUUGAGAACGGGUCCAAUCACGGAAUUCUUCGACGUUUCCUUUGAGAACGAGAUGAACGCGUUGAUUGAAAAGACUGCUCAUCAGUACAAAUUGACGAACUACAAGACCGCUUUGAAGUAUGGUCUGUUCGACUUCCAAGCGUCAAGAGAUUACUACCGUGAGGCGACCGAAGUCAUGCACAAGGAUCUGGUGCUGCGUUACAUUGAGACGCAAGUGUUGCUUCUUGCGCCAAUUGCUCCACAUUUUGCGGACUUCGUGUACCGUGAAUUGUUGCACAAAUCUGGUUCUGUUCAGACAGCGAAGUUCCCCACUGCCUCCAAACCCGUUGACUUGUCCGCGAUUGCUGCUUUGGACUAUGUGAGAAGUGUGCAGAGAAGUAUCAGAGAAGCGGAGGGUCAAGCGCUUAAGAAAAAGAAAGGUAAGGGAGCCGAGGUGGACGCUGCGAAGCCUAUCAAGUUGUACUUGUUGAUUUCUGAGUCCUUCCCCGAAUGGCAAGAGAAGGUUGUUGAACUUGUUAGAGAGAUGUUUGCCAGUCAGACACUCGACGACAACAAGAAGAUCAAGGAGAAGGUCGAGCCAAGGGAAAUGAAGCGUACCAUGGCGUUUGUCUCCCUGAUGAAGCAGCGUCUAGCCGUUGAACCAGCGGACAAAGUGUUCCACAGGGAGAUUGACUUUGACGAAGUCGCUACUGUCAAGGCUGCCCUGGCCAACAUCAGGAACGCGAGUCAAGCGUUCAAAGUCAGCGAGUUUGUCGCUGUGAGCUACCCUAACGGUGCUAAGAGUGCUAAGGAUAUUUUCACUGGUGAGGAAGUCGCUUUGCCCGGCGUUGCUAAAGUGGUGGAGAACGCUACUCCUGGGAAUCCCGGGGUCCUUUUCCAAAACUGCUAG